AUGGAGACUCCAAGGGAAGAGGCAUUUCUAGUUAGGUUGGAGACCAGGAUUAACGAUGGCACGUGCACGUCAUUAACAGUGUGGAGAAAGUCACUUUUAAUUAGUUGCAAUGGAUUUACAGUGAUUAAUUCCUGUGGAGAUUUAGUCUAUCGCGUUGAUAAUUACAUUGAUCGUCCUGACGAACUCAUUCUUAUGGAUGGCUCGGGAAAAUCCAUCCUCACAAUGCGUCGACGCAAGAAGCUUGGAGUGCUAGUACAUAACUGGUUUGUCUAUGAAGGUGAAGUGGGUAACUACUGUGCAGCAAACAAAUUGUCAAAGAAGCCAAUUUGGUGUGUGAGGAAGAAUAUUAACAUCUUACAAACCAAUCACAAUGUGCUCGCGUAUGUUUUUCGAGGAUCCGCAGAUAAAAGACAUUCAUUUGUGAUCGAAGGUUCUUAUACGCGUAGAUCAUGCAAGGUGUUAGGUGGAUCAAGAAAGGUUUUGGCAGAGAUCAAGAGGAAAGAAGCCAUGGUUGAAGGUAUUUCUUAUGGGGUAGAGGUUUUUGUUUUGAAUGUAGAACCAGGAUUUGAUCCUGGAUUUGCCAUGGGUUUGCUUUUGAUAUUGGAUCAAAUGUUCCCCUGAUUUUUACUCCUUUUUUUUUUUGGAUUUUGUAGUAAAUAGUAAAAUAUACAUGUCCAUAUGUUUUGGCCACAA